AUGGAUAAAAAGAAGAAACCCAGUGGUGCAUUUAAACGCAAACAACGCCAAGAAAGAGAAGAUAGUAAACAAAAAUUGCCCAAAAUUGACAAGUUUUUUUGUCAGCCUUCUGCAACUACAUCUGGCCAAAAUAUUUCUAUUGAUAGUGACUCAAAUAAUGUGGUAACUGCAGUGUUGGUUGAGAAGCCUACUGAAGAAGAUUCGACAAUUAUUGCAGUUGGAGAUACCCCCGCCGCCGAUCAUGUGAACGUGGAUGAUGUUUGCAUGACACGCAUUAGAGCGGAGGGUUUGGAGGAACCACAGACCUCUACAUUUUUCGAAAAUGUGUACGACAAAUCUUCUUAUGACUUGGGAAACUUCCCGAACAAGAUAUUAAGUGAUAACGAAAAACGUCAAAUUCUUGAUAUGGGGCCUUUACAGCCUUCAGGACCUUUUCCAACAGACAUCAACCAGAACAAUAGGUGUUUUUCAAAAUCGUACUACGUUUCGUGUUCUAAAUAUGGGCCAGUUAAUCGUUUUUGGUUGUGUUAUUCCAAAAUACUAGACGCUGCCUAUUGUCAACCCUGCUGGUUAUUUGCUUCACAAAGGAAUAAUGUUUGGUGUACGGGAAUUCGAGAUUGGAAGCAUUUAUCAGAAAGAAUUAAACAACACAGUUGUUCGAGUGGCCAUUCGGAAGCAUGUGCUGUCAUAUUUUCUACAAGGAAAUACAUAUUAUAA